AUGACGCCUACCGCGACGAUCAGCGCCGUGCUGACAUGCGCCGGGAUGGCCUAUGCCCGAGCGGGUGCCGGCACGCCGCUGGACCCCGUGCAGCCCGUUGUGCUUCCCAAUGGAGCCAUGGCCAAGAAUCCGUUGGCGCACCUUGGGGGUAACGGGCCCUGGACUACCGCUCCCAACGUCAACGGAAUUCCCCCUGACGUGCCCAAGAACUGCUAUGUUGACCAAGCGGCCUACGUCCUCCGUCACGGAUCCCGCUACCCAGACCCAGGCGCUCACAGCGGCUGGCUGGACAUGGCUCGCCGUUUCAGGGAGGGCGACUACUCCGCAUCUGGGCCGUUGUCCUUUGUCCACCGUUGGGACACGCCCCUAGCGCACCCCGAAAUUCAGCUUUCCCAACUCAGCCAGACCGGUUACAAGGAGCUGUCUGAUCUGGGCUACACGCUAAGAACUCGCUACCCAAACCUUUACCAAGAGGGCGAAGACUUUUACGUCUGGGCCAAUAAUUAUACUAGGGUGAUUCAAACAGCCCAGCUGUUUGUCCGCGGCUACCUGGGGCCAAAUUCGACGCUGCUUGGCAAGGUCGUUUCUGUCACCGGCAAAGGCUUCCCCGACCAGCUUGCCAACACCCUGGCACCUUCCGACAUGUGUCCCGCAUUCAAGGACGACAGCGAGGUGCAACAGUCGGCCUGGCGCUCCCGUUGGCUGCCUUCUUUCAUCGAACGCCUCUCGAAGUACAUCAGGGGGAACUUGACGCUCCAGGACUCGCAGUGGAACGACUUCCCUUAUAUAUGCGGGUUUGAGUCCCAGAUAACAGGCCGCCUCUCGCCGUUUUGCGACACUUUCACACAGGAGGAGCUGGAGCAGUACGAGUACCAGCAGGACCUACGGUACUAUUACGGCCUGGGUCCCGGGGCGAGCGUGUCGUCCAAGAUGAUGGCGCCCUUUCUGAACGCACUGAUGCAGCGCUUCGUCGAUGGGCCCGAUGCUCAGGGAAUCGCCAAGGGCGGCGCCCUCUUCAAAGUGCCAAGACUGCUGAUGAACUUUGUCAACGACGGGCAGCUCAUCCAGCUCGCUGCCGCGACAGGUGUGUUUGACAAACAAAAACCUCUCCCGGUCAACUACAUCCCCAGAGACCGCCUCUGGCGCAGCUCGCGUAUCUCGCCGAUGCGCGGCACCAUUGCCUUUGAGCGUCUGAACUGCAGAGUCAGAAAUAGUCACGGCGGUUGGGGGUUGGCGCGCGAAAAGAACGAGACCUUCGUCAGGAUCCGCAUCAACGAGGCUGUCUACCCCGUCCCGGGAUGCCAGGGCGGGCCGGGCCAGUCGUGCCGUUUGACUGACUAUGCCGCAUACAUCGCGCGCAAGGUCAAGGCCAUCGGCAGCUUCGCGGCGCUCUGCAACGCCACCGACCCCGCUACGCCGCGGACUGUUCUGGGCGCGAGUUUUUUGACCGACUUGGACCAGCCGCACCUGCAGAUUGUGACGCCUUGAAUCGUAUUCUCACGCGAUUUCAUGAUUGAGUGGGUCGAGGGCUGAAGCUCUGUUGCAAAACAGAAAGGGUGGUUUUUUUUUGUUUCUUUUUUUUUUUUUUGGGGGGGGGGAGGGGAGGGGAUGGAAUGUUGCUACUUUUGAGGAGGGUUUCUUCAAACAAUGGCCUGUGUACAGUACGUCGUAGUAUAUUAAUAUAAUUGGAGUAAUUGUACUAGUU